AUGCCUGUGCGGCCCGUUGCCGCCCGUUGCUGCCCGUGCCCGUGCUGCCUAUUGCCGCCCGUUGCUGCCUGUGCCUCUGCUGCCCGUUGCCGCCUGUUGCUGCCCGUGCCUGUGCUGCCCGUUGCCGCCCGUUGCUGCCCGUGCCUGUGCUGCCUGUUGCCGCCCGUUGCUGCCCGUGCCUGUGCUGCCCGUUGUCACCUGUUGCUGCCCGUGCCUGUGUUGCCCGUUGCCGCCCGUUGCUGCCCGUGCCUGUGCUGCCCGUUGCUGCCCGUGCCUGUGCUGCCCAUUGCCGCCCGUUGCUGCCCGUGCCUGUGCUGCCUGUUGCCGCCCGCUGCUGCCUGUGCCUGUGCUGUUGCUGCCCGUGCCUGUGCUGCCCGUUGCCGCCCGUUGCUGCCCAUGCCUGUGCUGCCUGUUGCCGCCCGUUGCUGCCUGUGCCUGUGCUGCCCGUUGCCGCCUGUUGCCGCCCGUGCCUGUGCUGCCCGUUGCCGCCCGUUGCUGCCCAUGCCUGUGCUACCUGUUGCCGCCCGUUGCUGCCUGUGCCUGUGCUGCCCGUUGCCGCCUGUUGCUGCCUGUGCGUGUGUUGCCCGUUGCCGCUCGUUGCUGCCCGUGCCUGUGCUGCCCGUUGCCGCCCGUUGCUGCCCGUGCCUGUGCUGCCCGUUGCCGCCCGUUGCUGCCCGUGCCUGUGCUGCCUGUUGCCGCCCGUUGAUGCCUGUGCCUGUGUUGCCCGUUGCCGCCUGUUGCUGCCCGUGCCUGUGCUGCCCAUUGCUGCCCGUGCCUGUGCUACCCGUUGCCGCCCGUUGCUGCCCGUGCCUGUGCUGCGCGUUGCCGCCCGUUGCUGCCCGUGCAUGUGCUGCCCGUUGCCGCCCGUUGCUGCCCGUGCCUCUGUGGAACGGAGGCUAUGGGGGUGGCGGGUAUGGGGGUGAUGGGUGUGUGUGA